AUGGGGCCCUCUACAGACACCGCAGACUGCAGCAGCAAAGGAGGCCCUGAAGAGACGGGGCCCAGAAAGGAGGCGACGCCACCUGCAGCAGCAGCAGCAGCAGCAGCAACUGAAGCAGCAGCAGCAGCAGAAAAUGGCGCUGGUGAUGCCUCCAGAGGAGAUAGCUCUGAAACACAGUCUCCAAUGCGACCCCCAGAUAGCAGCAGCAGCAGCAGCAGCAGCGCAGCACGCGAGGAGAGACAGGCGUACAGCUGCAACAGAUGUCCCUUCUCAGACUCCAGGGACUCGCAUUUUGUUGGCGGUGGUGGAGAGUCUGGGGCAGCAGGUGGUGCUGCAUUUGUUGCAUUUGUUGCUGCUGCGGUUUGGUUUGCUGCUGCAGCAGCAGCAGCAAACACAUGCGCCACUGCAACUGGAGAGAGCUGCCUGCGAGGGCUCCCCAGGUGCCUCUGGAGCCCCGUGUCAGCUGGGCGUCUGCUGCUGCUGUUCUUGAAAGCGUUAGAAGCAGCAUCAAUCAGGAAGCAAACAGCAGCAGCAACAGCAGCAGCAGCAGCAGCGCGAGUUCUUCAGCAGCAGCAGCAGCAGGCAAAGCGUCUCGCUCAGGCCCUCCUCGAAUGGUCAUUGGCGUUUGUGCGAUGCGCGUGA